AUGGAUAAAAUUGAUAUUUUUUCACAUCGUUUAAUGAUUAUUAUUGGUAUAAUUAUGUUUAUAUUUGGUUUAAUUGGAAAUAUUUUAAAUAUAUAUGUAUUUUCAACAUGGUCUCGUUUAAAAAAACGAUCAAAAAGAAAAUCAAAUAAUAUUCGAUCAAGUAAUAGUUCAUUAUAUUUAUUAACAUCAUCAUUAUCAAAUUUAAUUAUAAUUAUUUAUCCAUUUUUAACUCGUAUUAUAUUUGAUGGUUUUCAAUAUUCAAUAGAACCUCAACAUGAAUUUAUAUUAUGUAAAUUUCGUUAUUAUAUAUUACAUACAUUUGAUUUAAUAUCAUUAACAUGUAUUUGUAUGGCUAUAUUUGAUAGAUAUUUAAUAUCAUCACGUAAAGUACGUUUAAGACAUAUGAGUACAGUACGAAAACGAACAAAACAAGUUAUUCUAUUUGUAUUUAUUCUUAAUAGUAUACAUUGUAUUCCAAUAGGAUUUUAUUUUGAUGUAUCAAAUAAAAAUUUAUGUAGAAUUGUAUCAAGAAAAUUUUUAUAUUAUUAUUUAUGGAUAUUUCAAAUAAUUCUUCAUAGUAUAAUACCAAUAUUAUUUCUUACAAUAUUUGGUACAUUAACAUAUAGACAUUUAAAAAAAAUUAAACGAACAAAACGUAAAGGUAUAUUAAGUAGUGAUAAACGUUUAUCUCGUAUGUUAUUAUUAAUGUCUGUUGCAAUAGUUUUAUCAUCAAUACCAUAUUGUAUUGAACAUAUUUAUUAUAUAAUCAUACCUAAUGCUCGUUCAAAUCAAACAUCAUUUACAUAUCUUUAUCAUGUUAUUACUUCAAUAUUAUUUUAUGUUAAUCCUGUAACAAGUUUUUAUAUAUUUUUUAUUUCAACACCUAAUUUUCGUAGACAAGUACGAAAAUUAAUGUUUUGGAAAAGACCUAUUUAUCAUUAUGAUCAUGAAACAUUCACUAUGAUAACUGUGACAUGA